AUGCCAAGGAAAAUACACUCAUCAAGACCGCAACGCAAAGUGGAAGCACCAUUGGAUACCUCAAAAUUGAUUGACACCGCCACUAGGAACAGCUUUGCAUCGAAUGUAGAAAACAGGCUUAGUUUAGAAACCUUACAGGCCUCUCAAAGCCUUGAAUCUGCUUGGGCGACCUUUAAGACCACUCUUAUGCAGACAGCUACGGAGUUCCUCGGGAGGAAAGUUAGGAAACAAGAUGACUGGUUUGCUGAGAAUGAACACAUCUUACAGCCCCUUAUCGAGGAGAAGAGAAAUGCUCAUCUCAACUACAUAUAUCACCCAACCGUCACUCGUUAUAAGGAUGACUAUAAUUCUGCGAAAUCGAACCUACAACGCGUCUCACGGGAAUGUGCGAACUCCUACUGGGUUGAUUUGUGUGCGAGGAUCCAACUAUGCCACGACGUAGGCAACUACAGGGGAAUGUACCAGAAUAUCAAGACAGCAAUCGGCCCUACCGUCAGGAAACGUGCUGCAAUCAAGGACCUAAAUGGCGAGCCGAUUUUGGACAAGGACAAGCAGUUGGAGAGAUGGGCACAACACUACACGGACCUUUACGCGGAACCUAUCUCCAUCAACGCUUCGGCUUUAGAAACCCUUCCAAGAUUCCCUGUAGCAUCAGACUUAGAUGACACACCUUCCUAUGAAGAACUUCAUACUGCUGUCAGGGGGUUAAAAUUAGGGCUCGCGGACGUGUCCGGGUUUCGUGUACACGUGUUCGAACUUCUUCGUGUUGGUUACGUGUCUUCACUGCUGUUCAUUGUACUUCUGCGUUGCUGGGAAGAGGGAACUGUACCACAGGACGUGAGAGACGCCAAUAUAGUUACAUUGUAUAAAGGAAAGGGAGACAGAGGGGACUGCAAUAAUUACAGAGGAAUAUCACUACUAAGCAUUGCUGGGAAAGCUUUGGCAAAAGUGGUUCUGAAGAGGUUAGAGAUACUAGCUUGUCGAGUCUAUCCAGAAUCACAAUGCGGCUUCAGAGCUGGAAGGUCUACCAUGGACAUGAUUUUCUCGUUAAGGCAGGUACAGGAAAAGUGCCGUGAACAACAGGUGCCCCUCUAUACCGCUUUUGUAGACCUCAAGAAAGCCUUUGACACGGUCAGUCGCGAGGGGCUCUACAGGGUACUUGAACACAUUGGUUGCCCGAACAUUCUCUUAAAUAUCAUUAAAUCCUUCCAUGACAACAUGCGUGGUACUGUGGUAUUUGACGGGGAAGAGUCUGACCCGUUUAACGUAAAUCGAGGUGUAAGACAGGGAUGCGUUCUUGCUCCCACCCUUUUUGGUAUCUUCUUUUCUGUUCUUCUCUUGGUGGCCUUUAAAGAAUGUGAUGUAGGAGUUCAUCUGCAUACAAGGAAAGACGGGCGCCUUUUCAACAUCCGUCUGUUAAAAUCAAAGAAAAACAGAUGCCACCUGUUGGCCAGAGAACUCCUAUAUGCAGAUGAUGCUGCAUUGGUCGCUAACACAGAGUAUGGGCUCCAAGAUCUGCUAACAAAAUUUAACAAUGCCUGCCAACUUUUUGGAAUGACUGUAAACAGUAAAAAGACUGUGGUUCUCGUUCAAGGCACGGAUCACAUGCCCAGUAUCAUGCUUGGUGACGAUACUCUUGAAGUAGUCGAGAACUUUUGUUAUCUUGGAUCGACUACCACCAGCAAGUUGUGCAAUGAUCGAGAGAUUGAUACACGGAUUGGUAGAGCUGCGGCCAACUUUGGAAAGCUUCAAGCUCGAGUCUGGAAUAAUAACAAGCUGAAGCUCUCUACCAAGAUCCUAGUAUAUAAAACAUGCGUCCUAAGUAUCCUCCUGUAUGCAUCUGAAACAUGGACAACCUACACCAAACAAGAGCGCCGCUUAAAUGCUUUCCACAUGCGCUGCCUCCGUACGAUCCUCGGAGUCACCUGGAGGGAUCGUAUGACAAACGAAAGGGUUCUCGACCUUGUUGGCUGUUGUAGUAUCACUGCUACCCUAAAACAGAGAAGGCUGCGGUGGCUGGGCCAUGUUUUACGUAUGGACUCAGAUAGACUUCCCCGGGCAGUGAUGCUGAGUGAAAUUGCAUACGCCAAACGUCCAGUCGGACGCCCGUUGCUUCGCUUUAAGGAUUCCUGCAAGCGGGACAUGUUGUCCUUUGGCAUCGACCCGAACACCUGGGAAACGGAAGCCCUUAAAAGAGCGGAGUGGCGUAACCUCUUACAUGACGGCAUAGCGAAGCAUGAUGAAGUCUGGCUCGAUGAUUUAAAGCAGAAAAGACUUCGGGCUUCACAGGAACCAUCAACGGAUUCGCGUUUCACCUGCGAUCUUUGUGGCAGGAAGUGUCGUGCUGCGAUUGGACUUUACAGCCAUAGGAAAAGGUGUGCCGCACCCCCGGUCUCCGACGGCGCACAGACCUCUUCUCAAUAA